ACAGUUUGAUUAUGUAAGACGUCUUGUCAAUAUUAACAUAAUCUACUGCGUAUCUUUUUUAUUUUGAACAUUUUUCGUAAUAACUAGGCUAUUUCGUUAGUGAUAAAUUAACUUAUUAAAGCUUAUGAAGGGAGGGGCUUGUUCCAAGUAGGGCUACCCCCAUCGUUUUUAGGUGGUUUAUUAGCGUGUGGUUCGCUUGGUUUGAUCAGAUUUUAUUCUGGAGACCAUCAGGAUAUCUCUACACUUGGAAAGAUCGAACUCGUCAUCAUGAUUAAGUCGGUGGUACUCGUCGUCCUCGCCGUAGUCGUAGCGGUCAACGCACAGAAACCGAUCUGUUCUCCUCCUCAGUUUAUGGGCGGGCUAGGAUUCACGAUCGGUCAGACCAGUGCAGACGGCAGACCAGAAGGUUUUACACUGAAUGAGUACGGUGCUUGGGACUUUGCUGAGAGAAGACUUGGUCUUAACCUUGAUAUCUUCUACCCAAAUGGAACUGCCUACAACUUCCGAGUUAUCCAGGACUACACCACGGGAACACAGUUUACUAUUUUUGAGCGUUACAGGUUCUGUGCCAAGCAGAAAGCACCAAUGCCUGAGCCCGAAAACUGUAUCCCAGGCAACACCAGUGUAGCUUUCCGCGGGUUCCUGGGAGCUGGGAAGGACCGGCUCGACUACGAUCUCUAUACCAUGAAGCUUUCCAAGGAGGAAACGGGUAAUUUGGAAGGAGAAGGCACCUUCAGCGUCGUGAGGGGAACCGAAUACGACAUCCCUCUCUCAAACACCUUCAUCGGGACUUACUUCGAUGGUGAAACCCCAUAUGCUCAAGUGUCAAGUGGAGGGUAUUACAAUAUCGAGAUUGGAAUUAAUGAUCCAAAGAGAUGGUUUGACGUACCCGAUUACUGCCCUAAGGAAUUGACCGACUUGACCAUGCUGCCUAAACACAUUCCCAAAUGGACUUGGGUUCGUCUUCCUGCACCACGCCUCUUUUAAAUGUCCAUUAAUCUGCAGCCGAAAUUACUUGACUUAUCUAUGAAGUUAAUGCCAAUUUUUUAAGUGGCAAUCCUAUUACGGGUGAAAGGAUUUUAACACAAUUCCAGUAACAAUAUUUCAUUUCUUAUCAUCUUUUAUGUAAAUGAAUUAGCUGAUCUUAUUUAUAUCUUCUUGUGAUUUUGAUAUUGAUUUCUGUUAUAUGAAUUGACAUCGAAAACGAUUUUUUUAAAUAAAUAAUCUUCCAAACUUGAUUAAUCUGUGUUUGAUAUUGUUCAGUUGUAUCUGUGAAUACAUAUUGAUUGUUGAUCUUGAUUAAACGAUUAUUAUAUUUUCAACAAGA